AUGUCUUAUUUAAGAACUAAAGAUUAAGUUUAAUAAAUUAAAGAGUAUGUAAACUCUUAAUUCUCUUCAAACAUCGUACCAUCUAUCAUGGAUUAUAUUAGAAUACCAAAUUUAUCACCUAUGUAUGAUCCAGAAUGGAAUAAAAAUGGAUUACUCAUGAAAGCUGCUGAACACAUUAAAGCAUGGGUCAUUGCUCAAGAAUUAAAAGGCGCUUCAGUUUAAAUUAUUCAAGAUGAAGGAAAACCUCCUCUCUUAUUUAUUGAAGUAAAUCCAACUGAUAACUCAGGAAAGUCCAUUCUCUUCUAUGGACAUUAUGAUAAGCAACCUCAUUUCAGUGGUUGGAUGGAAGGAACUGGACCUACUACACCUGUUAUCAUUGAUGGAAAACUUUAUGGAAGAGGUGGAUCAGAUGAUGGAUAUUCAGUUUAUGCUGCAGUAACAUCCAUUAAAGCUUGCUAAAAGCUUGGAUUCCCUCACCCUCGUUGUAUAAUUACAAUUGAAGGAGAAGAAGAAAGUGGAAGUUUCCAUUACAUGAAUUAUUUAGAAAGGCUUAAAGAUAAGAUAUAAACACCUGAUUAUAUUUUCUGCUUGGAUAGUGGUUGUGGUACCUAUGAUACUAUGUGGCUAACAACUUGUUUAAGGGGAAAUAUCAAGGCAGAAAUCACAGUCAAAGUUCUUAAUGAAGGUGUUCACUCUGGAGACGCAAGUGGAGUAGUACCUUCAGGAUUUAGAAUCUUGAGAAAUCUUUUAGAUAGACUAGAAGAUUCUAAGAGUGGUCAAGUUCAUGAAUUAUUUUAAACUAACAUUCCAGCUCAUAGAUAUUCAUAAGCUUGUGAUGUUGCAAAAGAUUUAUCAAAAGACAUUUUCUUAAAAUUCCCAUAUUCAAAUAAUACCAAAUCAAUGUCUUAAGAUCCACUUUAAGCUUAUCUUAAUAAGACUUGGAGACCUCAAUUAGCUGUAGUUGGUGCUGAUGGACUUCCUGCUUGCUAAACUGCAGGUAAUGUUCUUUUACCAGAAACAAAAAUUAGAAUCUCUUUAAGAUUGCCUCCUAACUUAGAUGCUGUUUAGGCUGGAAAAAAUUUAAAAGAGUUGAUCGAGUCUAAUCCUCCCUACGAUGCUACAGUUACUUGUGAUAUUUUAAGUUCUGCUAAUGGAUGGGAUGCAAAAGAAACUCCAGAGCAUUUAACCAACUCUUUUAAUUAAUCUUCGUUAAAUUAUUUUAACAAUGAAAGUCGUUUCUUGGCUGAAGGUGGUUCUAUUCCUUUGAUGAAUAAACUUUAAGAUAAAUUUCCUAAUAUCAAUUUUAUUGUAACUGGUGUGCUAGGUCCUCAUUCUAAUGCUCAUGGUCCUAAUGAAAUGCUCCAUUUAUAAUUUACAGAAAAUCUUAUUUGCUGUAUGAGUUAAAUAGUUGCAGAUACUUCUGCAUAUCAUUCUUAAUGA